GUCGGGGGCGGGGGUUGCGCAGCGCCUAUUGCUGUCGUCCUAACCGUCACCGCCGGCGCCUCUUCCUGGAUUCAUUCAUUCGAUUUUUUUCAUUCACGAAGGUAGUGAGGUCUGGUUGAAAGCCAUGGAGAGCGUUUUGCCUGCCACCGGUUUCCUGUACUGGGUGGGCGCGGGCACCGUGGCCUACCUGGCCCUGCGUAUCUCGUGCUUGCUCUUCACGGCCGUUCGGGUCUGGGGUUUGGGUAACGAGUCGGGGGUCGGACCGAGGCUCGGUGAAUGGGCAGUUGUCACAGGUAGUACUGAUGGAAUUGGAAAAUCAUAUGCAGAAGAAUUAGCAAAGCGUGGAAUGAAAAUUGUCCUUCUCAGCAGAUCACAGGACAAACUGAACCAAGUUUCCAGUGAGAUAAGAGAAAAAUUCAAAGUGGAAACAAAGACCAUUGCUGUUGACUUUACAUUAGAAGAUAUUUAUGACAAAAUUAAAACAAGCUUGGCAGGUCUUGAGAUUGGUGUUUUAGUGAAUAAUGUGGGAAUGUCAUAUGAGUAUCCGGAAUACUUUUUGGAUGUUCCUGACUUGGACAAUACCAUCCAGAAACUGAUCAAUGUUAAUGUCCUUUCUGUUUGCAAGAUGACACGGCUGGUCCUGCCUCGCAUGGUAGAAAGAUCCAAAGGGGUAAUUCUGAACAUCUCCUCUGCCACUGGCAUGUACCCAGUUCCACUGUUGACCAUCUACUCUGCAACCAAGGCUUUUGUAGAUUUCUUCUCUCAGUGCCUCCAUGAGGAAUAUAAGAGCAAGGGCAUCUUUGUGCAGAGUGUCCUCCCCUACUAUGUCGCAACCAAACUGGCUAAAAUUCGAAAGCCAACUUUGGACAAGCCCUCUUCGGAGACGUUUGUGAAGUCUGCCAUUAAAACCAUCGGCAUGCAGCCCCGGACCAAUGGAUACUUCAUCCAUUCUCUUAUGGCCUCAGUAGUCUCAAUCCUGCCUUCCUGGUUGUACUUUAAAGUGACCAUGAAUGUGAACAAAUCUAUCCGGGCUCACUAUUUGAAGAAAAUGAAGAAGAACUGAGCACUGGUAACAGCUUUGAGUAACUCAGCAGAUGCACCAGCCUAGGCGUGUUUGCUGCAAGGCACCCACCAUUUCCAAAUCUUUUGUCAUGCUUAUUAACAGUUACUGAUAAAGCUAAGAGUUGUCAUAAUUAGGAGGAAAGCAGAGGUUGCUUUCAGGAGUUCCUGGCAUAUAUUCUGGAUGCUACCAGGAGUUAUUUUGAAGUUUAACAUAAAUGCUCAUAUCAAAUGGAUAUAGAACUAACAUUAGCAAGAACUGCUUACUAUUAAUAGAAGGAACAUAAUUAUAGCAAAUCAGUGAAUGAUAGAGUCAGACAUAAGGUUAAACAGUUUCAUCUGGUCCAAAAUGCCAGUGAUGAUUAUUCUUGUAUUUGCACAGAAAUGUACUUUUAAAAAGUAAUGGCCAGCUACUCUUUUUUUUUUUUGGCUUUGUUUUUAACUCUUUAAGGGAGUGGGGAUUCAUUGACAUGGAAAGACACACUGCAAUCUGCAGAGCACUCUGUAAGCUUUCCUAAAAGCGUGUUUUCACGUUUAUGUAGAACUUUCCUUUCGCAGGGGUAGCUAGUGACGUAAAAAUAAUGGGGUUAUUUUUGACACAUGAUGCCUACUGAAAUACGCUUUCCUCUAAUACAGAUGUCUUCUAGGUUUAAAUGUAUGUAAACACUGAACGCUCUGCGGUAUGAUUUAUGAAAGUAAACAGGCCGAAAUGCACGCUGAGGGGCAGCCCUUCCAGUGCCGCUAAAACCCUGGCCCAGGAAGGCGGCCUUCUUGGACCGCAGGUUCUUCAUUUCUGCCCCGCACCGAUACUGCUCACAUGGGUGACACCGGACCUCUCCUAGGACAGUGAUGAUAUUAGGGAAGUGGUGUUACACUCUUAAAUAGGUACCCUAUAGGUACUGAUACAAUUAGUUUUAAUAAAAGAUGAUAUAACCAUGA